UAUGUAGUACACCGCUCUGGGCUCCUUGGAGGAAGAGCGGGAUAUAAAUGUAAUAAUAAUAAUAAUAUUGUGUUGUACACUUAAACCAUACAAACUGUAUAUUUUGCAUUUGGCAGACAAGAUUAAAUCUUCAUGGCUGAGAGCAUGACUUUGAUGGUGUUUAACUCUGUACUAGGCUGCUGAAAGUUUGGAAAGCAUUUUAAAUUAGAUUUUAAACCAGCAAUCUAUAGAUGUUGGGAAAUAGCAUCAAAAUAAUUUUCAGAGAGGCAGCAAAAACAGUCUUGUGGCACCUGAGAUACUAACAUAUUUAUUGUAGCUUAAGUUUUCAUAUGUAACAUCUAAGGAAAGUAACUUCCUUUAUCGUGUAGGUAGAAAGUGCCACAAAUGACACCUUUACUAUUUGACAUGGUGUACAUGUAACCACAGCCAUGCAUCCUUGUCUGAUCUACUUAACAUCUGGAAUAUGUCUUUAUUUUAUGUAGCCUGUCUCUCUUAAAUCCCAACUUUUCCCCUUAACUUUUCAGUGGCUGUGUGUGCUGAGAGUCUUCUGGCAUGUUGUGGUGUUCCAUAGUCUAACUGUCUUCCUACUUGUUUCAUCACCUUUGAGAGGAGCAUAAGCCGCACCAGCUGGAAAGCCUCUAGAGUCCUCCCCACUGGAAUUCAUUAGCCUCUUAACCCCUUGCAAAUGGGUAUAAUGACUGAAAAUCUAAAUCUCAGCAGAAAAUGAUCCUGCCAUGAAAAGAAUAAAUGACUAACACCUCACUUCUCCCUAGUGAAGAUAACCAGACUAGGAUUUGAUCGAGCUAAGCGCUUGAUUAUACAGCGUAUACAGGAUGUAGAGCUGCAAAUGGAACAGGCAAACUUACCGGGUGGUAUAUAUCUUGGAAGUCAGAACACUGAGUUUAAGCCAGCUCCAUAUUUAAGUAAUGUCUUGAUACCAAAGUUCAGAUAAUCUUCUAAUGGAAGGAGCCCAGUGUGUUGUCUCUGCAGUUUCAAGCCUUAUGACUCCCACAGCCAAGCCUGCCACUGUCAGUUCAAUCAAUACAUUUGUGGUGGAGUUUCCAAGGAAACGCAAAGGAAGUGAUUCUGAUAAUCAGUAUGCAUGCGACAUUGAUGUUGAUGAUCUUCAGGGCAGGAGCGAAGAUGAAGAACAUGUAAAAAUUAAAUAUUUCAGGGAAGCUCAUAGCCAAACAGAAAAGCGAAGAAGAGACAAAAUGAAUAACCUGAUAGAAGAAUUAUCUGCUAUGAUACCUCAGUGCAAUCCAGUAGCACGUAAACUGGAUAAACUUACAGUAUUAAGAAUGGCUGUGCAGCACUUAAAGUCAUUGAAAGGUUCUACCAGCUCUUUCUCAGAAGUCCGCUAUAAGCCUUCAUUUUUACAAGAUGAUGAACUCCAACAUUUAAUCCUUAAGGCUGCAGAUGGGUUCCUCUUUGUGGUUGGAUGUGACAGAGGAAAAAUCCUGUUUGUCUCGGAAUCUGUUUGCAAGAUACUGAAUUAUGACCCUGCCAGUUUGAUUGGGCAGAGUCUUUUUGACUAUCUUCAUCCAAAGGAUGUUGCCAAAGUGAAGGAGCAACUUUCAUCUUCAGAUGCUUCACCAAGAGAGAAGCUAAUAGAUACCAAAACUGGUUUGCAAGUUCAUACGGAUUUUCAAGCAGGAUCAUCUCGUCUGCAUUCUGGUGCUCGGCGUUCAUUUUUCUGUCGAAUAAAGUAUACAAGAAACACAGUGAAAGAAGAGGAGUCCUUACUGAAUUCAAAAAAGAGAGAUAAUAAACAGUACUGUACUGUUCAUUGCACUGGGUAUCUGAAAAGCUGGCCUCCUAAUGAGGUGGGAGUUGAAGAGAAUGAUAUGGAAAAAGACAUCAGUAACUUCAACUGUCUUGUUGCAAUUGGACGAUUGCACCCAUACAUUGUUCCACAAAAGAGCAAUGAUAUAAAGAUCAAGCCAACAGAAUUUGUAACGCGCUUUGCUAUGGAUGGAAAAUUUGUUUUUGUAGACCAACGUGCAACAGCAAUUUUGGGUUAUCUACCACAAGAACUCCUAGGAACUUCUUGUUAUGAGUAUUUCCAUCAAGAUGAUCAUAAUCAUCUAACUGAUAAACACAAAGCAGUACUGCAAAGUAAAGAGAGAGUAUUCACAAAUUCCUACAAAUUCAAAGCAAAAGAUGGCUCUUUUGUCACCUUAAGAAGUCAGUGGCUCAGUUUCAUCAAUCCAUGGACCAAAGAACUGGAGUACAUUGUGUCAACCAAUACAGUUGUUUUAGGUCACAAUGAAUCAGACAAAGAUGCAUUACUACCCUGCAGUUCCCUGUCCUCAGAAGAUACAUCAAAACCAUCAUUUCUUGAUGUACCAGGUAUGACUACGGGAACUGUACCGUGGGCUGGAAGUAUCGGAACUGAGAUUGCAAAUGAAGUCUUAAAUUUACAAAGGUUGCAUACUUCUCCUCCUCUUGGUGAAUUAAGUCCAUCAGAUCUUAUGAGGAAGUCUUCUUCCCCAGUUCUGACAGUGAACUGCAGUAAUGUGCCAAAUAAAGAACUUAAUCAAUUAUGUCCUUCAGAGAUGGAGAAUUUGGAGACUUUAGGGCAAAAUUCUACUGCUAUUGCAUUUCCUAGCAAUGAACCCCUUCUCAGUGAUGCUUCUCAAUUGGAUUUUGAUGCAGUGUGUGAAAAUGAUACAACUAUGGCUGCUCUUAUGAAUUACUUGGAAGCUGAAGGAGGGCUGGGUGAUCCAGCAGAACUCAGUGAUAUGCACUGGACACUCUAGUUUUAUACCACUGAGGAGCAUACACACAUUUUGAUGCACAAAAAUGAUUUGUACAUCCUCAAGUACUGUGUUGGCACAUUUUUAAAGGCUUUAAUUCAUAUUUACUUUCUCUAUAUUGACAAUAUAUAUAUUUUUGAAAAACCUGCCUUGUUUAUAAAGAAAUGGUUUUGGCUGCAUAUGUUGAAAAGAUGUGAUAUUUUUUAAGGACACAGAGGACCUCAAUUUUGUUAAUGAUACACUUGUUAACUGGAAUCCUUAACAUAUUUUUGUGAAAAAGAAAAGAAAAAGUUUGGCAAAGAUUCUGUAAAAUGGACAUAGGGAAUUUGGUUCUGAUAUGUUUUAAUCUUUGAAAUAUUUAUUUGUGGUUUGGUUAGGUCCCUAAUUUAUUAGUGUUACUUCAGGGAGAAAAACAUUCUGUAGAUCAAGACUUCAGUAGAUCAAGACUCUGUGUCAAUUCCUGUAGGAUUUCUAGAUAUAUUUGGUUGUCUACAAAAUCUGGGAUCAAGAAGCUGACAGUGGAUGUGUUUUAACAGUCAUCCAGCAUAUUGAUCAGGAAAUAUUACAUUACCCCUGUAGAAAUCUACUGUAGAAAUGCGGGAGUUGAAACAAUAGAACUUGGCAGACUUCAUAAUGUCAUUGAGAUAGUAUUAGAGGGAUAUCAUCAACAUAAAAAGUGCAUACAAGAUGCUUUUGUUGGUCACUCAAAAGGAACUCCUUAAUGAAACAACCCAAGAUAGAAAAAUUUAGAUAAAUUUAGUUUUUUUCUAAUUUUAAAAUAUACAUAUGUACAGAUGUGAUGUAAAAUAAAUUAGUUUAAAAAUAGGCCAUAAAGACCUUUUUGUAUUUAUUUUUGAGAGAAAAAUAACUGAGUAAGAUGCAUGCAUUAAAAUGUACAUGUCACAUUGGACAUGAGAUUAGCA